AGGUAAUAUCGCACUUCUUUUUGGCAUCAUUCCAUUCAUCAGAGCAGUAUGAGGUUGCACGCGGAAAGUUUUCGCCAGCAAUACGAAGAGAAGGAAAGGGCAGAAUCGCAAGGGCUAACCAACAAAAUUAGCAAUGGAUCCAUAGGACCAAAGUCAAGCAAUGGAUCCAUAGGAGCAAAGUCAAUGGACAGGGAAGAUGGAGAUAAAGAUUUUAUGAACGUGCUCGAUCAGAGGAAAUCUCCAUGGCGAUCGCUGUGGAUUUCUAUAGCUAUGCAAUUUAUCGUUGGAAUACAAACUUCUAUUUAUUAUAUGUCCAUGUGGCCUUACUUACAAUUGAUGGAUAAAACAGCAACUGUAGAUUUUUUGGGAUGGGUGAUUGCUGCCUGCAGUUUGGGAUCAUCUGUCGCAAAUCCGCUUUUUGGAUUAUGGAAUCAGAAAACAUUAUCGAUCAAGGCUCCAGUCAUUGUGGGUAUGAUUAUGAUGUUGAUAGGACAGGUAGUGUUUGGUCUCUUACCGUUGUUCAACGCUGGACAAAAAUGGAUCAUGGCCGCUGCUAGGUUGAUGACUGGAUUUGGUGCAGGAACUUUGUCGGUUCUGCGAGCAUACGCAGCCACAGCGUCCACACCGCGCGACCGUCUUACGGCCGUGUCGUUUGGUACCGCUGGGUACGUUCUAGGUCUUUCCUUUGGGCCGGCUAUACAGGCAGCGUUUACCCCGGUGGGAGAGCGCGGCUUACAUGCUGGUCGUUUAGUCUUCAAUAUGUACACAAUGCCUGCUUUCUUUAUGGUUAUUCUAUCGAUUAUCUGCUGUUUUAUCGUUCAAUGUCUCUUCAAAGAAGAAUACGCAGGCAUCAUUAAGGAAGAAGACAAACAGGAUGAUCCAAAUUUGGUCAUUCCACAUUUCGACUGGAUUCCAGCUCUCAUCUGCAUUUACCUCUGGGUCGUCUCGUGCAUGGUGGCAACACAAAUCGAAGUACUCUCAACGCCAUGGUCUCAAGCCAUGUACGCCUGGAAAGAUUCGAAGGCUGUUUUGCUCAAUGGAAUCUUUCAAACGUUGUCAUGCCUCGUCUCGUCAGGAAACAGCUUCCUCAUAGGAUGGACUCGUAUAGGCCAUAUAGAAAAACGAGUCCAGAUCCUAUUCGGCGUCACAAUGUUUCUAUUAUUCCACAUCCUCAACUACCCCUGGCCUUUCUACCCUGGACCUUUGGAAUACAUACCCAAAGGGAAAAAUUCAACAGAAGUAGGAGGAUGUCUGGAGUCAUAUAAAUGGUGCGAGUCGACAGUGCGGGUUCCACUUCCUAUUUAUGUCAUAUGCUUUGUCUUCUUCUUUGGUGUAUCGUUCCCUUUCACUGGAUCACCUUCAGCAACGCUUUACUCUCAGAUUCUUGGACCUCGUAAGCAAGGACUAAUGCAAGGCCUUCACUCUUUUGGUGGGAGUUUCGCUCAGUUCGUCGCCCCAAUUUACGCAACGUGGUUAUUCCAGAAGUCCGGAUAUCAGUUCGUAAUGGUAACACAAAUCUGCACUUUGGGCUUAGCUCUCAUUCUUACCAUCGUCUUCUACAGACGAUUGGUGCCACUGAAAAUGAAGCAAGUCGAAAAACUAGAUACAAUACCAGAAGACGCAGAAAGCGCACGUCACGCGUAUGUUUACAUAGAGUAG